CUUUUGCUGCAACUCUCAAGCCCGCACCAUUUGAGGGCGUGAACUAUAAGAGGUGGCGUGCGAGGGCAGUUCUUUGGCUUACCACCAUGAACGGUUUUCACGCCUCUAAAGGCAAGCCAGAGGGAGAGCUGACUACUGAGCAGGACCAAGGUUUCCAGGCUACAGACACCCUCUUUAGAGGUGCUAUCUUGAGUGUUCUUGGCGACAAGAUUGUCGAUCCAUUCAUGACCAUCAUGGUCGGUAAAGAUAUGUGGGAUGCACUCGAAGCCAAGUUUGGAGUCGCGGACGCAGGAAGUGAGUUGUAUAUCAUGGAACAGUACCAUGACUACAAGAUGACUGAUGACCGCUCCGUUGUUGAGCAGGCUCAUGAGAUUCAGUCGCUCACUAAAGAACUUGAGUAUCUCAAUUGUGUGUUACCGGACAAAUUCAUUGUCGGAGGCAUCAUUGCCAAGCUUCCUCCUUCAUGGAGGAAUUUUGCUACCUCUCUGAAGCAUAAGAGGCAAGAGUUUACUGUUGUCAAUCUAAUUGGCACUCUUGAUGUGGAAGAGAAGGCGAGGGCAAAAGACACAUGUGCUCGUUUCCAUGAGGGGAAUUCCAGUGCCAAUUUGGUACAAAAGAGAAAUUUCCAAACCCACAAACCCAAGAACAAAAACUAUGCGGGCAAAGGAAAAUUUGAUGGCAAGUACAAAGCCCCACAACCUGUCAACUUCAAGAAGAAGAAGGAUACUUAUAAGAAGAAAGGAAAGUGCCAUGUAUGUGGCAGUGAAGAACAUUGGGCUUCAUCCUGCAAGGACCGCUGGGACAUGCGUCAGAAUGAGAACAAUAGCAAGACCGCUAAUGUUAUUGUUGGCGAUGUUGACAUGAAAGAUGUCGGGUCGCAAGAACUACACCCGUGCUGAUGGGAAACGGGACACAUGCUUCUGUUCAUGGUGUUGGUACGGUCGAUCUGAAGUUUACUUCGGGAAAGAUCGUGCGACUGAAGAACGUGCAGCAUGUCCCUGCUAUAAAUAAAAAUCUUGUCAGCGGUUCUUGUUUGUGUCGAGAUGGUUAUAAAUUGGUAUUUGAGUCCAAUAAGGUUGUAGUAUCUAAGUGUGGACAAUUUGUUGGGAAGGGCUAUGAGAGCGGAGGCUUGUUCCGCUUAUCUUUGUCAGACUUUUGCACUAAAGUUAUUAAUCAUGUUUGCAGUGAA